UCACAACCUAUCCCUCUCAGUGCAGUGUCAUUUCACAGAGUGUCAACCCACCUCUGGAAUUUUACAUAGGGAGACGUGGAAAAUUAUGGGACACUCCGACUAACUGCUGCAUGAAGAGAGCAAGAUUUUUUUUUUCUUCCUUGGAGGAGACUCUGACUUUGUGCUCUGGAAAUACAUUAAAUCCGGCGUGCCUUGAGUAGAGGCUCAACUGAGACCUGUUCCUGUCUAAGCAUUUUAAUGAGCGUAAGCCCCCAGGAGGAGUAGUCAGAACUCACAGCGACCAAAGUCAGCCCCGUGGGAAACAAAGCGCUCCGGCUGCUCACAGUCACAGACAUGCAGCCAUUCGCCUUGGUCAGUGCUGUUCUCCUGCUGAUCUGCAUCUCCUCUGGUAGCACAGCAACCCAUAGGCACUACCGACAAGUCCUUACUGGAAACCAACCAGGUGUGUGCCGCUAUGGUGGGAGACUGGAGUGUUGCUAUGGCUGGAAGAAAAACAGUAAAGGGCAUUGUGAGGCUCAGUGUGACCACGGCUGCAAGCACGGAGAGUGUGUUGGCCCCAACAAAUGCAAGUGCUUCCCCGGAUACACCGGAAAGACGUGUAAUCAAGAUUCAAAUGAGUGCGGCUUGAAACCUCGUCCCUGUGAACAUCGUUGCAUGAACACCUACGGCAGUUACAAGUGCUACUGUCUCAAUGGAUACACCUUGAUGCCUGACGGAUCUUGUGCCAAUUCCAGAACUUGCUCUCUUGCUCACUGUCAGUACGGAUGUGAGGAGGUUCAGGGGGAGAUUCGCUGCCUCUGCCCAUCUGGGGGGCUUCAACUGGGGCACGAUGAGAGGACUUGUGUCGAUAUUGAUGAAUGUGUUACCGGGAAGAACCUCUGCCCAUACAACAGAGAAUGUGUGAACACCUUUGGCAGCUACUACUGCAAGUGCCAGGACGGCUACGAUCUGAAAUAUGUUGACGGCAAAUAUGACUGUGUAGACAACGAUGAGUGUGCAGCCGGCACCCACAAGUGCAGCCACCACGCUGUCUGUCUGAACACUCAAGGAUCCUUCAAGUGCAGGUGCAAGUCUGGCUUCAGGGGCAAUGGCUUUGAAUGCUCUGUCAAGCCGUUUUAUCAGAAGUCGUGGGAUGGAGACAAAGGCAGUGCAGAUGAUUUCCUCAAUGCCAUCCCAGACUCCCAAGCGAGGCCCGGGACUUUGGGAGGUAACCCGGACGAGGGAAUCAAGAACAUUAUCCCUGAACCAGUCGCAACUUCACCCCCUAGGAUCAAUCAGCAGCCAUUCGACUAUGAUGGAGAGGUCUACAUUGGCGCCCAGACAGAGGGGAGACGAGAGGACGAAUUUCUUGAUGAAGAGCAGGAGGAGGAAGAGGAGGAGGAGGAGGAGGUAGAUGAAGACAACCAGCUCAAUCCAAGAGGAGACGUUUUCAUAUCAGAGGACUUUGAAUCGGUUUUCGGCCCAGCCACAGAAGUCAAAGAAAUCCAAAUAGCUCCAGUUCAGGAAGAAUUUAUCAUGGAUUGCAACUUUGACCAGGGAGCAUGUGAGUGGGUCCAAGACAAAGCUGAUGACAUGGACUGGAGUGUAGCCUACCACGAGACUGGUGCAGAGUACUACAUGGCUAUGACUGGGCUCCUCGGGGAGAAGGAGAAUAUGGCCAAGCUGAAGUUGCUUCUCAAUGACCGGGUGCAGCAGGGCAGCUUCUGCCUCAACUUUGACUACCAUGUGGUGGGACGCAACGUGGGCAGUCUCAAGGUGCUGCUGGAUAACAAUGCUUACCCAGUGUGGGAGCAGAGCCAAAGCAGAGACCAGGGCUGGCAGACAGAGCUCCUCACCGUUGCCUGGAAAGAAGAGGCCCCAGAAUCUAUUAUCUUCGAAGCUCAGCGCGGCACAGGUGUCGGAGGAGAGAUAGGGCUGGACAACGUUGUGCUGACCUCAGGGCCCUGUCAAGAAGACGUCAGCCUGCUCUUUUAGGAAUCUCCACCUUUUGAACCAACAAUUUGAGAAUCUCCUCAAAAUGACACGUGUCAAAGAUUCCCCGUUUCCUGUCUGCAUUAUGGUCUCCCGGUUGUGGAGUUUUUUUCUCAGUGUUCUUGCACGGCAUUGCCUCGGGACAUCCACACAAAGAUACAGACACAUGUUUUCAGGAGGAGAUUAUGUGCAAUCAGUGCAUGCAUGUUUACUUUGUCACCAUGCUACAACAUCAGCACACCCUGCCAUUAUCUCUACUGUGGUUUUUUAAACUACACUCUUACAGUACAGAUAACUCAGAUCUCAGGAAAAGGUGGAAAUGCUAACUUUGUCUGUUAGUUAUGUUUAACAGUCUUGUGCUUAGUCCUGUGUUAUGCAAUAGAGCAUUGCUGAAGUUAACUGAAAAUAAUCAGUAACAUGUGAUGUGAAUUUCUUAAGUGAAAUGUUUGCUGAAAUUCGAAAACUUUUUUGAAGGCUAGUUAGUUUAAAUGAUAAAACGUAUCAGUGCAUAACUGCUGUAAAUUUUGCUUUCAUAUUAUACUAUACUAUUACAUUAAAACUGAUUGUUUUUCUAA